UCACCAUCUUUGGGCCUUUGUCCAGGGUAUAGACACGUCGAACAAUUUGGGCCAGAUGAGGAAUAUGAAGACGAAGUAGAAGAUUUCUACGUGACACUGGACUUGGGAGCCGUAGAACCUACGUUAAUACCGAGUUCAUCUACAUAUCGCCUCAUCGGAUUAGAUACACCGACACCAUUCAUGCAACUGUCGGGUACAGUGCUGCAAGGACGACACGAAUCCUUGCUAGGGACGGAGCUACUUUUCGUUGAAGGGAAAGCAGACGCGCAGGACCGAAGUAAACGACACCUAUCAUUCACGUCAACUACGGAGCAAAGAAUUCGUUUCAAAGAAGUCCAACUUCGACCUAAG